CUGGUAAAGAUCGAUAACAACAUAAUCUUAGCCAGAAUUAACACAAGAUGGAUCACAGCUCUUGUUCUAACCCCAGUGAAGUCCUAAUUACAGACAUCCAGUGGAAGCUUACAGCAAAUUUCAAAGCAAAACAAAUUGUUGGCUGUGUGGGACUGAGUGCUGCUGUUAAAAUAGAUGGGUGCUCAAAACUGGUCCUUGACAUGGUUGGGCUGACUGUGAGCAGUGUAACAGACACUGAGACAGGGGCGCUUCUCGAGUACAGUGUGGGACAGGCGUCGUUUGGGGCAUCACUGACUAUCAAGCUCCCAGAAAAAUACAGAAAGACUGGUAGCGUAAUGAGAGUGGGUGUGGAGUACACCACAUCACCUCCUCCUGAGUCAGGGGCCGUGCAGUGGCUGGACCCUCCGCAGACUGCUGGAAAACAGCACCCGUAUCUAUUCACACAGUGUCAGCCCAUACAUGCUCGCAGCAUGCUGCCUUGCCAGGACUCACCCUCAGUCAAGACCACUUACACUGCUGAAGUAUCAGUGCCACGAGAUCUUACUGCUCUCAUGAGUGCUCGAGUAGUAGGCAAGACGAACCAUGGAGACAUAACUACCUGGAAAUUUUGUCAAGAUAUUCCAAUACCAUCCUACCUCAUUGCUCUCGUCGUUGGUUGUCUGGAAAGCAGGCAAGUAGGUCCUCGUACUUUGGUGUGGUCUGAGAAAGAGAUGGUUGACAAGGCAGCUUGGGAAUUCUCUGAGACUGAGAGUAUGCUGUGCACUGCUGAGGAGAUUGUGGGGCCAUAUGUGUGGGGUCAAUACGACCUCCUGGUCCUGCCUCCUUCCUUUCCGUAUGGUGGCAUGGAGAACCCUUGUCUCACCUUCCUCACUCCAACUCUUUUGGCGGGAGACAAAUCUCUAACAAGUGUUGUUGCUCAUGAGAUAUCUCACAGCUGGACGGGAAAUCUUGUUACCAACAGAACAUGGGAAGAAUUCUGGUUGAAUGAAGGCUUCACAACGUACUUGGAAAGAAAGAUAGUAGCUAAGCUACAUAGUGAGAAGGAACGCCACCUUUGCUACAUUAAUGGUUGGAAGACUCUCAAUGAUGCUAUUGAUCAGUUUAAGAGUAUUGGAAAGCUCGAGCUGACUCCCCUCAUCCCCAAAUUGGAAGGUGUUAACCCUGAUGAUGCCUUCUCUACUAUCCCCUAUGAGAAAGGGUCAGCGUUUCUCUUCUACCUUGAAACUCUUCUCGGUGGACCAGGGUCACUCGAUGGUUUCCUCAGGAGUUAUGUAAACAAGUACAAAUUCUUGACGAUAACAUCAGUUGAGUGGAAGCAAUACUUUUUGGAGUACUUCAAGAAACAGGUGGAUGAGGGUGUGUUUGACAGUGUGGAGUGGGACAAGUGGUUUUAUGAUCCUGGACUACCACCUCACAAACCAGUAUAUGACACUUCCCUGGCUGACAUCAGUGCGGCACUUGCUGAAAGAUGGUGCACUCUCUCUGAGGCAACGGAAGACUCACUGUCUGGGUUCUCUGAGAGUGACAUUAGUGGGAUGACGUCAAUGACUCUACAAGAGUUCUUAAACCAGCUGCUAUCAAAGCCUAAAAUUGACAUUCCCAUACUUCAAGGCAUGGACACAGUCUACAAACUGUCAAAAAUGGGGAACAACGAAGUCAAACUAAGAUGGCAACGUCUUUGCCUCAAGUCAGGUUGGUCUGAGGUUAUCCCAGCUGUUGUCGACUUCAUCACCACACAGGGAAGAAUGAAGUAUGUUCGGCCUCUUUAUAGGGCAUUAUACAAUUGUGGAGAGGACGGCAAAGCUCUAGCUGUAUCUACAUUCAAAAAGUACAAGGAGUUCUACCACAGUGUGGCAGCCAAUCAACUAGCCAAGGACUUAAAGCUCACGUGAGCACUGUUUUAUUAAUUUAACUGACACAAAGGUUGAUUAUUAAUUUACUGUAUCAGCUAAACUGAAUGCAAACUUUAAACUUUCA